GGUUUCUAGCGGGGAUCUGGGAUUUUGGAGCAUGGUGUACAAAUUCCACUCUUCCUGACGUUAGAUUGGGCUUCGCCUUCCGAAGGCGAUACGGCUUUAAGAGUUCUUCUCUCUCGGAACUGUCAGCGCCAGAGGUCCCGCCCCCAAUUCUCAGAUACAAAUGCUCUAGUUUCAGAUCAAGUCACCAGCCCUCUCUCGCUCUUUCUCCUCUCAGUCAGCGUUCGGCGUCUGGCCGGGCAGGAAAGGUGUGAGCAUGAGAGGGGAGGAGGGCGGAGGAUUCGCGGCAGGGCACCGACUCCCCAGACUCAGCAACUUCUGAGCAACUUUCUUUGUCGGAGCGAAUCCCGGCCGCGAUGAAUAACAGCUCAUGCGACGAGAUGACCGAGAUCCCGACCAUCGGCACGCCUCUGGUGAGCAUCGUGAUGUUCCUGCUGGGUCUGCUGGGGAACCUUCUGGCCUUGGUCAUCCUCGGGAUGCACAGGAAGGAGCUGAGAGCCAAGUCGUCCGUCUUCCUCAUCUUGGUGACCGGGCUGGUCGUCACCGACCUGUUGGGGACGUGCUUCCUUAGUCCCAUCGUGUUCGUGGAGUACGCCAAGAAGAAGUCCAUGAUUGGUCUGGCUGGGGGCCGGACUCUCUGUAAUCUCUUCUCCACUGCCAUGAUCUUCUUUGGGCUGGCCCCCACCCUCAUCCUGUGUGCAAUGGCGGUGGAGCGCUGCCUGGCCAUCAGUUACCCCUAUUAUUACUCGCAGCACGUCAACCGAACCUACGCCAAGACUGUCCUGCCGGCGAUCUACAUUUUCAGCUUCCUCUUCUGCGUCCUGCCCAUGCUCGAUUUCGGGAAGCACAAGCAGUACUGCCCGGGCACCUGGUGCUUCGUGGACAUGAAGUCGGCGGACAGCUCCGUGGUGGCUUUCUCUCUGCUGUACGCCAGCCUCAUCGCCUUCCUGAUCGUGGCCAUCCUGCUGUGCAACGCCUCGGUCAUCGUCAGCCUCUGCAAGAUGCGCAAAGGCCAGCGGUCGCGGAGGGGCUCGGUGCUGACCUCGCAGAAGAGGAGGAGAAGUGUCUUCGGGCAGCGGGAGGAGGAGGUGGACCACCUCAUUCUGCUGGCUUUGAUGACCACUAUAUUCGGCAUCUGCUCCCUUCCCCUGACGGCAAACCAUGAGACCGAGUUAUUCCCCUUCUGGUAUCACAUCAAGAAACACGAACAAUGAACACCUGUCUGCUGCUGCUCGUCUCAAUGAUUCCCAGGUAGAGAGACACAGGAAGAGAAAUGCAAUUACAGGACACAGAGUGGGCGUCUCAGCAGACUCUGGGGGAAGCAAGAAAAUAUCCUAACGGUGUCAGGGUAGACAUUGCCGAGGUGCGUCCAUUGGAAGAAGGGUUACGGGACAGCAGGGCAAGGAUUAGGGUAACGUCCAAGCAAGGAUAGUGUGUAGUCAACCCUGGCAACAAAGGCUAAUGAAGAAAGGUCUUUGAAGAUCAUACCUUCACUUUUUGUUGGUGAGGUGGAGAUACAACCCUGCCAAAGGAGGUGUAAGGUGCUCCUUCCCUCCGCUAGCCUGCAGCUCACCCUUGGGCAAGGUGUAGCACCUGUUUAGACCCAGAUCAGGGUCACAUGAAACCACGGGAGCGGUGGUGGAUGGUCAUAUGAGCAGCCGGUGCAGAUCACAAGUCCUGUGCGACCACUGACGCCAGGCAGACAAUCUCUGAAGAGUGUUGAUAAUGGCUGGAGUCACCCGUCUGGUCAAGACACUGCCCAGAAGAAGGCAGUGGCAAACCACUUCUGUAGAGGAAUUUUUCAAGAACAAUCAUGGUUAUGGAAAGGCCAUGAUGGCCCAUGUCAUACGAUGUGGCACAUAAUGAACAAAUCUUCCCCUCGCACAGCUUGGGUCUGGAACCAGUUGGAAUAUGGAGACAAAAUAAAGAUGUAACCAAAGGAUGCAAGGCACACAACAACAAGGAGGCGAUUACUUUACUAACUUCAAUUGACUUUUAACUACUGAUGGUUAUCGACUGCUGGAGAACUCGCACCACUCACAUCUUUACCUCGGGAAACUGUGAGCAGUUUCAAACUCCUGGAAGUGUACAUCUUGCCCAACCUCUCAGGGUCCUAGAACACAUUUUACACAAUGAGAAAAACUCACCAAUGCCCCUUUUUGAGGAGUCAAAGUCAAAGUCCUGUCCCGGGCCUUUGUGGUUCCUCAUGCCAGUUUCCGUGGCAUGAAGAGACUGAGAGUACGAGACUCCCCCCCCCGGAUAGGACGCCAGUCUAUCGCGAGGUUAACCCCCAGAAUUUUGCCGGUACCCAUUUUCAGCUGGGUGGACUGGAGCAUUGUGUGGUUAAGUGCCUUGCUCAAGAACACACACACUGCCUCGGUUGGGCUCGAACUCACGACCUUCAGGUCGCUAGUCAAACACCCUAACCACUUGGCCACACAUUUUUUGAAGAGACUGAAGAUUAUGCACAUCUAUAUUCAUGUCAUUCUACAGACCUCCUAAGAAGUUGUAUUACUGCGUGGUAUGGAAAUGGAACUGUGGCAGAUAUGAAGUCAAAACUGCCCAAUGCAUCGCCAGCCUCCUACCAUCAAAGGCGGAUAUACAGAAAGGUGCUGGAUGAAGCUGCAGAAGAUUGUAAAUCUAGUCAGCUCCAUCUUGGGCACUAGCCUACAAAGUACCCAGGACAUCUUUAGGGAGUGGUGUCUCGCAAAGGCAGCGUCCAUUAAAGGACCUCCUAAUAUACAGUUUUUCUCUUUUUGCACAUUUUUAUAAUGUAUUCAAUAUAUGUAACUGAUUUACUUGUUUAUUUAUUAUUGUUUUAUUUUAUUUAUUAUUAUUUUUUCUCUCUCUCUGCUAAAUUAUAAUUUUGCAUUGAACUGCUGCUAAUUUAACAGAUUUCAUGUCACGUGCUGGUGAUAAUAAACCUAAUUCUGAGGGACUGCAACAUCAUGAAGGAUCCCACCCACUCUGCUCAUGGACUGCUUGUCCCACUCUCUGCAGGGAGGAGGCUAUGUAGCAUCCAAGCCAGGACCACCAGACUCAAAAACAGUUACUUUUAUCAAGCAGUAAGGCUGAUCAACACUUCCACCCAUGAACUCACCUCCAUACCCCCAACCACCACUACUUUAUCAUUUCCUGUCGGUCACCUUAUGUACGGAAGCUCCAGUGUGUUGUGUCACUUUAUGGACAUACAAUCAAACUAUGUAUAUAAGCUAUCUUAUGUAUUUAUAUUUAUUGUGUUCUUUAUCUUGUUAUGUUUUUUUUGUGCAGCAUUGAAGCCAAAGUAACAAUUAUUUAAUUCUCUUUUACACUUGUGUACUGGAAAUGGGAAAUGACAUGAAACAAUCUUGAAUCUUAUAAUGUGAAUGGUGAUUGAUCCUGAAAGUAAGGGAUUUGAACACAGACUGUUAUGUUUGGUAACCCUACAACUUAAAAACUAAUUGCAAGAAAAAUACGGGAGUCCAGGAGAAUGCGUCUUAGUUUGUACUUCAAGUGAAACGUAUGCAUAUGACGUGGUGGUGUGAUGACAUAUGCCAUUUACGUACUUUUACAGAUAACCUACCAUGCAUUAUGCAAUCAACAAAUGAUGCUUAAUCAAACAAUAUAUUUAGAAUAUUACUCAAAUAUUAGUGAAAUAUUAAAUAUGCAACACUCCUCGCUGCUUAGCUAUAAAUUCCAACUCAAUAUGGAAUGCAUCUCACCUAUAUACACAAUAUACGAUAUAUACAACACAAACAGUUUAUCAAAUGAUAUACACAAGGAAGUCCACAGGUGCUGGAAAUUCAAAGCAAAAUGAUUGAGGCACUCAGCAGGUCAGGCAGCAUCUAUGGAAAUGAAAUAAACAGUCAACAUUUUGGACCAAGACCCUUCUUCAGGACAGGAAAAGAUAGGGGAAGAUGCCAGAAUAAAAAGGUGGUGGGAGGGGAAAAAGGCUAGCUGGAAGAUGAGAGGUGAAGACAGGAGGGUGGGAAAGGUCCAGGGCUAGAGAAGAAGGAAUCUGAGAAAAGAGGGAAAUGGACCAUAGGAGAAAGGGAAGAAGGAGGACACGGGGGAAAGUAAAGGGUAGGGGAGAAGAAGCAAAAGGAAGGGGGUGGAAUUUGUUUAUAAGAAGGAGAAAUCAAUAUUCAUCCCAUCAGGUUGGAGAGAACCAAAUGGCCACUAUCGGUAAGUGCUUAUCAAUUCUGUAUUAAGCCCACCAAGACAUUAAGAGCUGAGAAACCUCCUAUUGUGUGUCAUAGUUUUCAUUUAAAAUUUGUUCCAAUGUCCAUUAGUUAUUAAGAAGAAAGAAGAACUGUCCUAAUACUGGCCAUGAAUCAAUUUUUGAAACUUGAUACUAUUACUAUUGGAAUCCAAGCCUGCCUUUGACAAGCCAAUCUGCAAUCUUUAUUUCUGGCAUAAAAGAGAGUAGGAUGCUUUAUGUACUCUAAUCAGUUAAAGGGCUCUUCAAGCACACACUUUCAACUUCUGUCAAAAAGUCAAGAAAAUAUAAUCUUGGGAUUAUAAACAUUUGUAAAAUCUCUAACUUCAUGCCAAGAUCUAUCCUUGAUCCAUGCUUUCAUCUCACCAUCUAGUUUCUUUACCAGUUAAAGAAUUUGUGAAUGAAAGACCAGCGAUUAAGAUGUCAUUGACAAAUCAUCAGUUGGCUCUCUAUGCUCAUGAAGCUGGCCAACAGACUCAUAACUUGUCUCCGUCAACUGAUGGGAAUGAUCUCCCCUUCUUUUCUCCAUGACCACCUUCCCUCACCCCACCCUGAGCUCCCCACCCCAGCUCACCAGAAGAUCCUGGUGAGGGAAUAAUGGAAUCUGAAAUUAGAGUGGUGGAAAUCUGCUAAAUUCACUCACUGUAUCACCAAACAAAUUAGUCCCACCUGCAGAUGUUGGGCAAGACAGCCAGCAUUCCCUCCCAACACUAUCAUGUGGAAUUAUUUUAGGGUCUAAAUUACUGGAAUCUUUAACUUAGAACAUACGGCCUGAAGACUUAUCUAAUGUUAAUGUUAUCUUAAUGUUCUUUAUCAAGCAUAGCACUUCCUCCUCCUAAACAAGAUGAGGUUGCUAAACAAGGUAAGAGCCCAGGGCAUUACAGGAAUAUGGAUAGAAGAUUGGCUGACUGGAGGCUAAUGUAUGGCAAUAAGCAAUUUUGAAUUUUCAAAUGUAUCCCUGUUCCUUCAUCAUUGUUCUCCAAAGCACUGACAUCCCCAAUGCAUCUCCACUGUAGGACCAGCACUCACAAAAUUCAGGAGGAACUCAGCAGGCCUGGCAGUAUCUAUGGAAAAGAAGUGCAGUCAGCAUUUCGGGCUGAAGUCCUUCAGCGGGACUGGAGAAAAAGUGCUGAGGAGUAGGUUUAAAGGGGGUGGGGGAGAGAAACACAAAAUUAUAGGUGAAACCUGGAGAGAGGGAUGAAGUAAAGAGCUGGGAAGUUGAUUAGUGAAAGAGACAGAAGGCCAUGGAACAAAGGAAAUGGGAGGGGAGCACCAGAGGGAGGCAAUAAAAAGGCAAGGAGAUAAGUUGAGAGAGGGAAGAGGGGAUGGGAAAUGUUGAAGGAGGGGUGUUGGGGGGCAUUACUUGAAGGUUGAGAAAUUGAUGUUCAUGCCAUCAGGUUGGAGGCCACACAAACAGACUAUAAGGUGUUGUUCCUCCAACCUAAGUGUGGCCUCAUCACAACAGUGGGGGAGGCCAUGUAAGGACAUAUUGGAGUGGGAAUGGAAGUGGAAUGAAAAUGGGUAGCUAGUAGGAGAUUCCACUUGUUCCAGUGCUGGACGCGGAGGCUGGGGGGAUGGUAGGUAGACUUCCACAUGAGGCAACACUUCACCUGUAAGUCUGUUGGGGUAAUUUACUGUGUUUUAGUUACCUAUAUUUUUUUUACUUCAAUUCAUAAUUCAAGUCAGAAUAACUGAUGUCAAGCUUAAGGUAGGCAUUUUUGUUGGUCCACAAAACAAACAGGUCAUCAAUGUCAGGCAAUUCGAAGAACUUCUAGUGGGACUGGAGAAAAUCGCAUGGAAGGCAUUCAAGGGUGUUGUUGAAAAUUUUCUUGGCAACUGUAGAGCACCAAACCACUGAUUGACAACAUGCUUCAAGCAUACAAAACCAUGAAGUGCAACAUGUCACUAAAGAUUCAUUUUCUGCAUUCCCAUUUAGACUUCUCCCCUGCAAAUCUUGGCGCUAUCAGUGACGAGCAUGGUGAAAGGCUUCACCAGGACAUUGCAGUCAUGGACAAAUGGUAUCAGGGCAACUGGAAUCCAUCAAUGCUGACUGAUUAUUGUUGAACACUUUAACAAGAAGCCUCAGACACCGAGUCCAAAUGCAAACUGUCAACAGCUUAGUUUUAGCUUAGUUGAACUAUUGCAAAGCAUCAGCACCA